CCCCCCCCCCCCCCCGGCCUCCCGGGAGCCGGUUCCGAGCUGGCAGCGGCGGUCGGCAGGACCCCGGGUCGUGGCUACCCGAGAGUCUCCGGGGCAGUCAGGUCGGCAACUCUCCUCGCCGCGUCGGUGCAAAACACUCUGCCAACCCUCUUCUCUGAGACGCGAAGGAGGUGCCGGGAAAACAAAAACUGCGUUCUCCGUAUGGUUGCUGUGGAACCUCAAAAACAUCUGGAAGGACGGUCGGCGACCUGGCAAUGGCAGCUGCCGUGGAAGGGGGGGUUAGAAUGUCCUCAGCCCUGUCUGAAAGAUUUCCUGGCCCCUCCCAGGGCUUGAAGACAGGGCCAGUGUGAGCCUCACUUGCUGCACGGGCCUCUGUGCCCUGCGAAGUGUAUGGUGAGCUUCAACAAGGCAGCAAGUCCAGGGUUCAAAGUCAUGUCAGAGCCAGUGGUCAGCGGUGCAACGUGGCAUCACUUCUCUUCCCAUGGGAUUGUGGCAAGGAUAAAGUGAAAGCAACUUAAGAUGUGCCAGCUUAUAGUGGACGUUCAAUAAACGUGAACAAAUACGGGCUUCCUUUGUUUUUGGUUGGACCACAUCAUAGCCCCAUACCCCCCAAACUCUGUGCCUAAAGGGCUGAGACUGGGAUGCAGAAGAAUGCAUCACCUGGCUCCCUCCUGGUACCUUCCUGGAUGCCAUGGGGGAAGGAGAAAAGGGUCUAUUAGCCACCAUAGAGUUGUUCUUUGCUCAUCUGAAGGCUCAGAGGACUCUCAUUUCCCCCAUCCUCCUAACCUCUGUCAUUAGCAGUGGCCCCAUCAUGGAUGUUGUGCUACAUUCCUGGUAGUUGGCAAACGAAGUCAUGCAAUGUGAGGCUGUAAAGCUGGUAGACAGGACUGCUGCCCUGUUUCCCAUGUGGCGAGGGAUUGGUGGCCUCAGCAGCUUUUGGGCACUCUCUGCUCUGCAGAACUGUCUCCUAGAGACAGGCCUGAGACCCACGUUUCUACUCCAGCCUGGCCCUCUCUCCUCCGCCCCCUUCCCUUCCUGAAAACCCACUUGGACAUCCAAAAGCAUCUCAAGCUUCGCUUGUUCAAAAUGGAACUCUAGAGUCCCCUCUGUGCCACUGCUCCUCUCCCAGGUUCUCUGGCCUGUUAAAUGCACCAACCAUCCACCCACUGCCUGAGGAGUCAUCCUUGAUUCUUCUCUCUCCCUCACCUCCCACAUCCACAAAACACCAGGAAUCCAAACGCCUCUCGCCACCACCACCACCAUCUCAGCCAACCCCAAAAUGUGUCCUUGCCCUGGCCUCCUGACUUGUCUCCCUGCUUCCGUCUUGGCCCUUCCACAGUCCAGGGGCCUCACAGCUGCUGGCAGAGAGUAACGUAAGUCAGAUCCUCUCCCUUCCCUGCUCAGAUCGCUCUGAUGGCUUCCUUUUCCACUGCAAGUAAAACCCAAAGCCCUUGCCUUUAACACCCUACAUGAAUGGUCCGUCCCAACCUCCUUGACUUUGAUCUCUGUCCCUCCCCUUAGCUUUCUAAACCUUGACCACUGACCUGCUUUCUAUUCUUUAAACAUAUCAAGCUCAUUCCCACCCUAGGACUUCUCACUUGCUGUGCCCUCUGCUGGAAACACCAAUCUUCUCACAGCCAAGAACACCUCAGCUCAGGUGUUGCCAAUUCAGAAAGGCUUCCUUGACCAUCGCGGUUCCAGCAGCGUGCCCUUGGCCAGGGGCUCUGUCUCAUUACCCUGCUUUAUUUUCUUUAUAACCUUUACUACUAUUUGGAAUUCUUAUUUAUGUAGAUGUUUACUGAUUUGUUAUCUAUCUCACCCCAAUAGAAUAUAAAUUGGAUGAUGGCAGAGGUCUUGUCUGUCUGAUUCUCUGUAGCUUUCCCCAGUGAGAGAGGCAAAUAAGAUGCAAGGAAACAAACACAUCUAUAAUUGCAAAUUGUGGUAAGUGCUGCCUAAGCAUCUGGUGGCAGUUGCUCGUAUUCGAGGCACUUUUAUAUUUUAGGUUAUAAGACCGAACUACUGUAAUGUCAAAACAAGCUCUCUGAGCCAUUUUAGGGGUAAGGAAAAGCCUGGAAAAGACUGGUAACUUGCACCAGGUCACACAGUGAGGGGAACUCAGCCUCCUACUCUAAGAACAUGUAUGUAGCAAUCUUUAGUGGUGGCCUGCCGUCAUGUUCUGGAAAGAACCUGCUGCUGGAUCCUCAGUUCUUUGCUCUUCUACUAACUAGCAAGGCCCCUUAAUUUCUUGGUACUUCAUUUUAUUCACCUUUAAAUUAGGAUGGAUCCUGUUAUUAUCGUGUUGGGCUGCUGCUUUUUUCCCCCCAGUAUACCCCAAAGCAGCAGCAUUUCUAGGUGGAGCCCUCUUAUUAUCAGCAGCUAGGGCACAUACAGAACUGGGGCAGAUGUGGGGGGAGCCAGAGCGCUCCCCAACCCUAGCCAACCCACAGGGCACACACGGGCCCUAGACCCUCUGGAUCUGAUUCUUUUUGGUUCCUCCAUUCAUCUGUAAGCAAAUUCACACAGGGCCUCUGGGACUCAGGCAAUCAUAAAAUAGGAUGAUUCAAGACAAAAGCAAAAAUUCCAAAGAGUCGAGAAAGAAAGAAUUGCCUUUUGUCCAACUCCACGCUCACCUCUGCUGCCAUAUGUGGUCUAUCUUCUUCUAGUCUCUUUUCAUGUCUCUCAGUCCAUCCACCCUUCGUGGGCCAGAGCCCUCUGUCACUUCAGAACCUGGACAGCGAUGACGGUUGCCGAGGACAAGACUUUUCAGUAUAUCCGCCAGCAUCACAGCAAUUUUUCCCGGAUCCAUGUUCUGGAGAUUCUGCCUUACUUGUCCUGCCUCACAACCAGUGAUCAGGACCGACUGCGGGCCACCUAUGAGCGCUGGGGGAACCAGGACACCCUCUUGGAGCUCUUCACCAGCCUUCGGCGGCGGAACGGCUGGGUGCAUUCCCUCAUUGGGGCACUGAGGGCCUGUGAGCUGUCUGGUCUCGCUGAUGAAGUGGCCCGCAUAUACCACAGCAGCUUGCCGCGGACCUCUAACCGCCCUCCAGCCCCACUGGAGCCGUCAUCAGUUCCUGCUGAGGUUCCAGAGCCCUCCAUCCCCGCUGAGGCCCCCAGCGCCCCCCACAAUGGCUACAGAGGGGAGGAGCCAAGUUACCCCAUGCCUGUCCAGGACACGCGGCCGCCAGAGCCCGAGGGAGAGAGUUCAAGGAAAGCCCCAGAAACACCCAGCCCUGGGGCUGUCCUGAGGAGACCAGAUGGCCCCCUGGAGCCCUCCUCUGACCUGGCAGCCACCAGCCCUCUGACCUCAAGUGGGCCUCAGAAGCAGGACACAGAACUGGGCAGCACCCACUCAGCAGGCAUGGUCUCCGGCCUCACGUCACCCCGUGGGCCUGUGUCUCCAACUGUCUCCUUCCAGCCUCUGGCCCGUUCCACCCCCAGGGCAAGCCGCUUGCCUGGACCCCCAGUGUCAGCUCUGUCUACUGACACCUCCUCCUCCUCCUCCACCAUCUUGGCCUCUUCAGGGAGUGCUGGUGACCACGCUGAGGCUACCAUCUGCUCCAGUGGGGUGGAAGUGCCCACCACCUCUAUGACCACCAGCACAGUGCCCUCCAAAGUGCCCACGAAGCCAGCAUUUCCCAGCACAGUACCUUCCAAGUUGCCUACCAGCUCGAAGCCCCCUGGUACAAUGCCUACUAAAGUGCCUACCAAUCAAGCACCAUCCAAAUUGCCCAUCAAUUCAACGCGUGCUGGCACAGUGCCACCCAAAGUAGCUACUAGCUUGGCUCCUGACCACAGGAUACCCAUGAGCAUGAUGCCCAGCAAGGUGCCUGCCAAUACCGUGCGCACCAUCAGGAGCAGCCAGAGACCUGAGGAGGAGACUCCAGCAUCUUUAGCACCCACAGGUGCUGUGGCUGCUGGAGGCAGCUCGCCCUGGCCAGACAGCAGCUCCAACAACUGGGGCUCAGAGUCAGAGCUGAGCAAGCCCGGCAGGCUGAUAUCCCGGAUGGACAACCAGCCAUUGUCAGUCUGCUCCGCGGACCUCGCCAUCAGCUCCAGCGACAGCUUGGGCACAGGGCCUGAGAACGUCCCGGAGGAGAAUGAGUAUGAUUCAGGGUCGGUGGACUCCAUCAGGAUCCAUGUGGCUGAGGACCCCAGUCCCGACCUACUGGAGGGCAACCCCAGGCCGCAAACUGACCAGCAUCUCCAGGAGUUCGAGAAGACACUGUGUGGCUGGACUGUCCCUUGGGUUCAGUGGCUUGGGGUGGCUGCAGCUGGGGCGAUCCUGGCUGCGUUCCUGGCUGCGCUGUACCGUAGGCGCCUGCUCCAGUGACGCCCCUGGGCCCUUCCUGCCUUGUGUCUGCUUCCUUCCCUGCAGUACAUCUGACCUGAACCACGGAGCUGGGCUGUCCCGCCCACCUUGUCCCUUUUUCGGGGCUGACAGAGCCUGGAUCAGAGGGGAGCCAGGGGGCCUCAGGCCUGGCAGGAGGCUGAGUCAUGCCUGGACUGAAUCCUGGGAGGCAGCAUUUCCAUCCCAGCUUGUGCCCUCUGUGGCUCCCUCACCAUCCUCAGCUUUCUGAGCUCUGGGCUACCUGGUGUGCUCCAAACCUCACCCACCUAGCAAUCUGGGUUGUUGCGCUUGUCCUCUGGGGGAGGUGCCUCUGUCCAGGCUUUAUCCCUGUUUGCCCAAGUCUGUGGCUCACGAGGUGCCGCUGGAGGGUGCAGAAGGUUGGCAAUGCCCCCCAUCCUGCCCUGGUCCCUGGCAGCUAACAGCAGAUGUGUGGGUGGGGACCUACAGGACCUCGCUCCAGCCCCCAGCAGCUCAGCCUGAGGCCAUUGCCCCAGAAGCCGUAGGGUGGCCCGUCUCCAGGGAUGCAGCUCUUCUAGGCAAGGGUAGGGAGGAGGCCCGGAGAUUCCUGUGGACCCCUGGGAGACCCGAGGCAACUGCUAGGCCUGAGGACCACCUCCAGAGCUCCCUCCAACCUUCUCACCCCCUCUCCUCUUUCCCUCCCUCCUGGUCUCCAUUCUCUUCAGCUCCAUAGGAAGGUUGGGGAGGGGGCACCUGUGGGACAGAGCUCAGGCCAAGAUUUGGAUUUCAGCUCCACCCCUUCCUGGGCUGUGUGGCCUUGGCAGAUGAUCAGAUUUCUCUGGUCUUGCUUCCCCAUCUGGACAGUGAAGAUCGUGGCUCAUCCUUCACUGGGUUCUUCUGAGACUGAAACAUACGGGUGUUUGUCAAGUGCCUGGCCCAGAGCAGGUAGCCACUAAAUGCUUCCCCCACCUCUCCCCUGCCCAGCCUGGUAGAGGUGAGGGCAUAAGAGGCAGAGUGCCCAGGGGUAAGGCUGCAACUCUGCCGUGUAGGGCGGCCUAGGCCUGCAUCCUGCUCUGUCUCUCACUAGCUCUGUGCUCUUGGGCAAGGUGUUAACCUCUCUGUGCCUCAGCUUUCUCACCUGUAAAUUGGGGAUGAAUAGCAAACUUAUAUAUACAUAUAUUUCUUAGUGUUGUUGUGAGGAUUAAAUGAGUUUAUCUAUAUAAAUCUUA